AUGACGGUUGUCUAUGGACUUUACUGGGUUUGCCACCAAACCCAUCAACGCCAGCCCGUUUCGCUUUCGCGCGUGACAGUCACCGCCAAUAUUGUUGAUAUGGCCGCGCAAGUACAUGUUACUCAACAUUACAAUCCACCUGCAAAAACCUCUUGUGAUAGCGAGUUUGCAUACACUUUCCCUCUGGACAAUAAGGCGGCCGUAUGUGGCUUUAAACUGGUUGUGGAUGCUCGAGAAAUAGAAGGCAUCGUGAAGGAGAAGGCUGAGGCAAAAAAGGACUAUGAGCAAGCGAUGGAGCAGGGCAAGACAGCAGCGCUCAUGGAAGAAUCCCAAGCCGAUAUCUUCUCAAUCAGUCUGGGGAACAUAUCUUCGAAUGCGAAAGAGAUUAGCACUACAAUUACCUAUUUAGUGAAGUUGAAAAUGGAUUUGGACGAUAUCCGGUUCUUUCUCCCCACUCAUAUCGGGGCUCGCUAUACACCGCCUGGAACAGUACCGGUGGCUAUAAACGAUGCCGCCGUAGCGCCCAUAACACUGAAACUUGACUGGAAUAUGCCGUUUGCAAUCGCUUCCUUCAUCUCUCCAACACAUGCUUCGAUGGUAUGGACGCAUAUUGAUUCCACGCACGUAUGUGCAACGGUAAAAUCAAUAACACAGGGCGAUAUUGUGGUGUUGUGUCGACCAGAGAAACCACACGAGGCACGAGCCUGUCUUGAGAAGAGCGAAGAUGGCAGCCGUGUGCUAAUGGUCACCUUUGUGCCUAGAUUGGAACUCGAAGAGCAAAAAUGUGAAUUCGUGUUUGUCAUCGAUCGCAGUGGUUCAAUGAGCGGUCCACAAUUUGACGAUGCCAGGGCAGCUUUGGAGUUGUUCCUUCGCUCACUUCCUGAAGAUUGCUAUAUCAAUGUAGUAGGAUUUGGAUCAAGAUACGACGUGCUCUUCGAGAAUAAAUCCAAAAGAUACUCGGAUACUUCGCUGAAACAAGCUUCCGCGUACGCAUCGCGAAUGUCUGCGAACUUCGGCGGAACAGAAAUUGUUGCACCACUCAAACACAUCUACGACAAUCUUGCUCCUAUCAAAGGCUACGCCCGUCAGCUAUUCGUUCUUACCGACGGUCAGGUUAGCAAUACAGAAGAAGUCAUAGCAAUGGUACGUAAGCAGAGCACUAUGAACUCAUUGACCCGCAUGUUCACCCUAGGGAUCGGGCUCGGCGUUAGUCAUAAUCUUGUCGAUGGAAUGGCACGAGUGGGCAACGGUACAACCGCAUAUGUUACAAACUCGGAUCGCUUAGCUGCUACUAUUAUCAGGCAGCUGAAGGCGUCACAUGCCCCUGCCAUAAAUAACAUAGCAAUAGACUGGUUGGAGGGUAAAGAGAAGACGCAUGCGAGCGGGCGUCGCGGAAGUGGUGAUAUAGUUAAAAAAACCAAAACUUUGCUCGGGUACCUUACACCGUCUAAACGAUCGACUAACGACUAUCCAGCAAGUCCCCCGAAGCAAACCCCAUAUGUAUAUCAACCUAUAUUCGACGGAGACCGCUUCUUGGCGUACUACUUCCUGGGUAAGGAUGAUCCUACCCCUAAAAAGGUAACAAUAAACGCUAAUAUCCCUGGUGUUGGUGAUCGCGAGGAGUUGACCGAGACCGUACUGCCCAUCCUCCAGGAUAACGUUUAUGAAGGCACACAGAUCAUCCACACUCUUGCCGCCCGGUCUAUGAUACAGGAUCUGGAAGAUGGUAAAAGUUACCCUGGCAUCAAUAGCCAGCCGGCGAGCGCAAAGGCCGAAAUAAUAGAUCUGGGUAUCAAGCAUAAUCUGGUUUCAAAGUAUACAAGCUAUGUUGCAGUGGAUCAUUCUUCGGCGAAAGAGCAUAUACAUAAGCCAUGCAGAUAUACUCCGGCACCGGUAGACCUGGGCAAAAAUAUCCUGCUCAAAAAUUCGGGAAACAUGUGCUUUAGAGCGGUCCCGAGAAGUCGCUCGGAACCUCUACCCCCACAGUGUGCACCCGGUGGCCCGAAUCAACCCUUUGGGGGGGGCUUUACGAUGUCUAAGUGUGCCGCACCGCCUCCACCUCCCAGUGGACACGGCGCGUUCAUGUGCGCCCCAAAACCUGCACCUCUCAAAGGCGGUUUUGGGUGUGCACCUGCCCCGUCUGCUUUGGGUGGGGGAUCGAUUUCACCGUUUCGUAGCUUGGAGAAGUCAGAGAAAAGUGCAAAGAAGUCAAAGAAAAGUGCCAGUGGCCGGGGUCUUAUGUUCAAUAGUAUGGACGCGUGUAUGCGUAUGUCAUCUGCCGAACCAGUACCAAUUGAUAAUGCGCCCGGGUUGUCAAGGCAACGGGAUCUGUUCAAUGACGGCGGUAGCAGCGAUAAAGACGACAACUGCGAUGAGGAUUUGGAAGGAGAACAAGAAGAAGAGACGCCGAGGCUCCAGCAGUCCACGACGUUGCAAGUCAUGACACCCCGGGAGAAGAUGACACAGCUCAUUCAGCUGCAAUCCUUCGAUGGCUCGUUCGUGCUGACAAGUGCCUUGCUGGGCCUAGUGGGUGUGGAUCGAGCGACACUCGAUACAGUGCUGCAGAGAAUGUCCUUGACAGGCACGCCUGACAACGUGCUGGGUACUACGGUUGCGAUUAUGUUAAUGGAGUAUGAGCUGGGGAGUUUAAGUGAGUUGCAGCUGGUGUGCUCGAAAGCACACCGCUGGCUCGCUGCACAGUGCAAGAAUGCCAAGGAAGUCAUGUCCGCGGUCAAGUCCACAGUGCAGUCGAUGUCCGGGGGGCAUUAG